UAGUUUUUCAACUAUAAUUUUUAAUCCAAAUUAUAUUUUAUACAAAUCUACAAAAAUAAAAUUGCAACAUUCUUCACCAAAUAUAUUUUUCAUUUUGAAUCUACGCACUUUGCUGAAAUAAGGCAGGGUUAAAUAAUCGAGUUAUAUUUCAUUUAUAAGGUCUUAAUUCAGCAAGCUACUCAAGACAACAAAAAAUGGUGAAUGUAGCCAUUAUUCAUACCAUCCUUGGUAUUAUCGGUAACUUUACUUCAUUCAUCCGUCUUGCCUCCCCAUUACCAACAAUCAUAAGACACCAAAAGAAGAAAUCAGUAGAAAAAUUCAAAUAUCAUCCAUACAUAGCAGCCAUAAUCAACUGUUUCUUAUGGGUUUUCUACUCAAUGCCAUUCGUACACCCACACCGUAUCCCCGUCACAACAGUAAACGGUCUCGGCCUCAUCAUGAACUUAGCCUUUCUCAUUACAUACAUGAUUUACACAAACAACACCAAAAGGGCUGCAAUAACAGUCUAUCUUAGUGCAGAAUUUCUAAUUCUCGCACUUUUAUCAACUGUUACACUUCUUGUUUUUCAUGGUCAUACUACACGAUCGAAUUUCGUGGGCAUUUUUUGUGAUAUAUUUGGGAUUGCAUUUUAUGGUGCACCUUUAGUAGCAAUGAGGAAUGUUAUUGAGACUAAAAGUGUUGAAUUUAUGCCACUUUCAUUGUCACUUACUGGGUUUGUUAAUGGGAUUGUAUGGAGUGCAUAUUCUAUUCUUAGAUUUGAUCUUUAUCUUUUGAUUAAUAAUGGGUUUGGAGCAAUAAUUAGUACACUUCAACUUAUAUUGUAUGCUAUCUACUAUAAGUCCACACCCAAGGAAGGGCAGAAUUUAUCACAGGUUCAGCCUUCAUCUGGUAGAUCACUACAGUUGGCUACCGCAGGAGUUUAAUAUGGAGAUAUAUAGCUGGAGCUUUCCCCUCAGUUGCGGAUCUAGAAAUGUUAAGGUGGAGUAGCAUAAAAUGUCACGUACUCACGUACAAAAGCGGAUUCACCAUUUGAAAGAUGGGGUUGCAUAAUUUAAUUAAAGAUUUAUUGAUUAAUUAUUAAUUAAGUGUAAGAGAAGGUUGUUUAAAUAAAGCAAAAUAAUACAGCAAAAUUUCACUAACCUGCUACAAGAUUUCAACGUAACGCAUCUUGACUCUAAUAAAAUUUAAUCCCAUAAAUUACUACCCUAAAACAAAUAAAUUGAAUCAUAGUAGAAAAAAUAAAUUGAAUUGAAAAGAAAUCAUGUUAUAUUAUACUAUCUAUUAAACAGACUGAAAAAUUCUA